GGGAGGGACCGCGCAUGGGAGCAGCCGGGGAUCAAGGCCAUCAAGAAGGAGGAGACAUUAUGUCGAGCACCUCUGGUGGCCGGGGUGGUGACAUCGUGCAAGCCAAAUGGCCUCGGCGAUCUCUUGGUGACGCUGAAGGUGCUACCGAACUGCAAGCCUGGUUAUGUACAUGAAAAAUUCAUAGGACAAGGCCAAUGGACUUCAAACACAUUGUUCAUUGCAAUCUUCCAUCAUGUCCAGCAUUACAACCUCUGUAUAUCAUCUUUCUUCCACGUUCAUAGUUCUCUUUAACAUGAUGCAAUUUUAUCAUGGCAUCUUCUAACUUUUGUCUACUUAGGGAUAGGUUUUGUGAUGACUUAUGAGCACGCCACCAUCUGUCAAUAUUGUAUGUAUGAUGAUUAGUAUGGUAAUAUAAUACACAUACAACUGCAAUGGCAACACUUGAAACCUACCAAAAAUUUGGUACUGGUCAAAAUGACACCUUGAGUGAGAAUAUAGUAGAAAAUGCUCCUGGGGGUUUAGGCUGAAAUCACUAAACAGAACAAUCAUAAAUGUGUCAAUACAGAUUUUUUCAAUGUAACGUAAAUAUACUCAACCCGCUUAAAGCUGACUGCACUACAAGGACCAAUUUAGUGCUGUACAAACUUCUUUAGCUUUCCUGGUUGUCUGAAGGUGAUUUUUUACUAGGCAGGAUGUGGGAAGCAACGAAGGUAGGGGUGACCUACCAUUGGGGUGCAAAAUGGGAACCUAGAUUCUUUUAAGGAAGAAGUCCAGAUUACACCCCCCAUCUCUUCACGUGGUCUAAAAUUCAACCCCCAUCUACAAACCCGUCUAACGGACCCCCCCGAACUUCCCAAACCAGGCAACCCCCCCCUCCCCCCUGAGCCCGCUCCACGCCGGUUUCGGCCCGAGCUGGCAUCGAUGUUGACCCGCGCCCGUCCAUGUCAGAUUAGGGUUAGAUAAAAGAAGCAGCCCCUCACUUUCCCCUUCACGCUGCCCCUCAAAGCUGGCGGCUGCCCUUGGGCUUCUCUGUUGCAAAUGCCGUAGGACAGAAGGAGAAUCUCGUGGAUUAAGGUGAGUCCUCUUCUCCGUAGGCUGUAGAUCUGUUAUAUUCUUAUGAUUUUGGUUAGGGACCAAGGUCUGGAUCUGCUAUUUUCUAGAUGGGUGAUAUGGAUAAGCUGGCAGUUAGAUUUCAUUUUGGAGGAGAGUUUUUCUUUGAUGGGAAGAUGAUGCACUAUCUCUGUGGGUCUGAAGGAAUGUCUUACAUAGAUCAAGACUUAAUUUCUUUACCUGAGAUCAUGGCCAUCUGAGGGAUCAUGGAGUGGGUUCAGAUGAUGUUUUGCUGCAUUGGUUGUGUCCUGGUAAAGACUUAGGCAAUGGGCUUAGGCUGUUGUAUGAUGACAAUGUGUGCCUGUUAAUGUCAGAUGUUAUCACAGGUAGAGAGAUUGCAGAUGUGUUUGUUGAAUUAUGGCAAUGCAACUGGAAGCACUCGCAGGUGAUGAGAGAAGUGAUGGUGAAGCAAACGAGAUGGGAGGAAGAACAGUUAUUGAUGUUGAUGAUGGUAGCUCAGAUGAAGUGCAAUUCAUUGGGGAGAAGAAGACAAGCGCUAUCCAAGGCAACCCAAUCAAACUAGAGGAGUCAAGUCUACACCUAUAGAAGUGCUCCAGUGAGGUGGGGGAGGAACAAGAAAUGGACAGCAGUUCAGAUAGUGAGUACCUUCCCAGUGGUUGUUGUUCUUCAGAAGAGGAUGAGGAAGCAGUGGAAAUUAAAGCAAAAUUGAUGGAAUUCAAGAAGAAGGUUAAGUCUGGAGAUCUAGAAAAUUUAGAUGGUGCUAUAUCUGCAUAUGCUCAUGUUAAUGAAACUGACCAACUUGAUGGAUGUGGCCUUGAAGAUGGCAAUUCCGCAUCUAGUGGUAACUCUAGUGAUCAAGAAGAUGAAUCAUUUGAGGCUCUGAUGGAGAGGUUAUUAGGAAAGGAGACAAUUUUCCCAGGUUUGACAAAAAGGCUGUUGUCCCUAAAUUUGAUUUAGGAAUGAAGUUCAGUGAUAAGAAACAGUUCAAGGAUGCAAUUAUUCAGUAUGGUAUUGCUGUAAGGAAGGUUUUAAAAUUUAUCAAAGAUGAAGGAAAAAGGGUCAGAGCUAUAUGUGAUUGGCCCAUGUGUCCAUGGGUAUGCCUUUUGAAGAAGACUACUUUAUCAGAUAGUUGGCUUGUGACCAGCCUGAAUGAUGAGCACACAUGUCCCAAAAGGAGAGAUAACAAACUUGUGACAUCAAGAAGAAUUGCAGAUAGGUUUGAAAGUUUGAUUAAAGCAAACCCAACAUGGAGCAUACAUCACCUUCAAGCCACAGUUCAGCAGGAAAUGUUUGCAAAUGUCAGUUUGUCUAAGUGCAAGAGAGCAAAGGCUAUUGUAAUGGGCAGAUGGUUGGAUAAGAUAAAGGGUGAGUACACCAGAGUGUAUGACUACCAGGAAGAACUUCUAAGGAGUAACCCAGGCAGCACAAUUGUUAUAAGGUUGGACCCAGAGUUUCAUGAUCCUGUGUUUCAGAGAAUCUAUGUGUGCCUAGAUGCAUGCAAGAAGGUUUUUUUGGCUGGAUGUAGGAAAGUAAUUGGUCUUGAUGGUUGCUUCUUCAAAGGAGCAACUUAUGGUGUGCUAUUGUGUGCUAUUGGUAGGGAUGCAAACAAUCAAAUCUAUCCUAUUGCUUGGGCUGUUGUCGAGAUGGAGACAAAUGAUUCAUGGGUCUGGUUCUGUUAUUUGUUAUGCACAGACUUGGGGAUUGGAGAUGGAGAUGGUUGGGUUAUUGUCUCAGAUCAGCAAAAGGGGAUUCUAAAUGCAGUUCAAUCCUGGCUUCCUAGAGCUGAGCAUAGAAAUUGUGCUAGGCAUAUCUAUGCUAAUUGGAGGAAGAAAUUCAAGAAAAAGGAAUACCAAAAGAUGUUCUGGAAGUGUGCUAAGGCUCCAUGCAUCACUCUGUUCAAUAUUGCAAGAGCUGAGUUGGCUGAGAAGACACCUGAAGGAGCACAAGCAGUGAUGAACACAGCCCCACAUCAUUGGAGCAGGGCAUGGAUGAAGCUAGGAUCAAACUGUGACUCAGUUGACAAUAACAUUUGUGAGUCAUCAUCACAGGGUAGGGCUAAAGUCUCCAUUAAUGUCACAUCUGGGACUGCAAGUGCAAGAGUGAAUGCCCAGGAACCAUCCAAAAAAUGAUGUAAUGUGCCUGACUGAUGGCAAUUAAGUCAUGUAAUUGGCCAGACUAUAGGCUACUAAGUCAUGUAAUAUGCCAGACUAAUGGCUCCAAUUUGUGCCAAACUUUAGGCCACUACUUUCUGUAAUAUGCCAAACUAAUGGCUCGCAUGCCAGUGCUAUGCAGUGCUACCUGUUCUACUUCA